UAGUGUCAUCUCAGGUUUCUGAUACUACAGAUUAUUAGUUUCAAUUUGUAACCUUAUUUUAUAUGUAAAUUUGUUGUACAUACAAGCAUUUUAUAUAAAAUAUUAUUACUUCUGGAAAUUGUUAGCAAUGCAAUGUACGAAGCUUUUAUUAACGGUUAUCGUUUAGCUGACGUGUCACAUGGCAAACCCUAUUAUGUUUACUGUAUCGAGGUUUUGGAGUCAAAGACUGGCACUCGACAUUUCAUCGAGAGAAGAUACAGCGAAUUUAGUGCGUUACAUCGCAAGUUGAAGAAGGAUAAUUCAGAUAUUGCACCGUUUCCACCAAAGAGAGUAAGAAACUCCCAACCGAAAGUAUUGGAACAACGACGAGCUGCUUUGGAAUUAUAUAUACAAAAAAUGCUAAGUCUGUUAGCAACAAAACAACAAGUUCUCAAUUUUCUAGGUAUAGAAAGCCAAGAAGCUACGUUUCAUCACAGAGUACAUAAAGCUGCAGACAAUUCAGUGCAUAACCAUCCAAAUACUUUGGAACAUCAUCCAGUCUUGACUUUUCAUUGUGAUCCAUAUGUCCCAUCUGAUUCAACUAGCAGUCUUUCAGAUGUUGUAACUAAUGGUGUGUUAUUAGGCCCUUAGAGUCCAUGUCUUCAAAAUAAACGUGCAGCUGGAGUCUACUGGAACUUCUUUUUCUUCAACCUUUCAUUGGCCCUGGUCUUCUUUAUAACGAGGUAAACUUGGCCAGUCAUGUAAAGGCACAGUCCAAGCCGGCAACGCUUUUCACAAAUAUAAGUACUGGUCCAUAAUCGUAAGUGGGAGUGUUAUGCACCGGCCACCUCGAAUCGGGCGAGUAAUGGAUGAUGCAAUAAAAAUGGUGAGGCGCCCC